GCUGCUAAUCGAAUGAUCACCGAAGUGACGCAGCAACAGUGAAAUGAGCGUUGAUAACGCUAUACGUCUACUUAGGAACUGCCCUCGCGUAUCCCUCGUCAACGUGGUCGACCUACCACGAAGUGUCCCAUCGCGUUAUGGGGGAUUAAAGAGAAAGAAGCGCGGACUUGGUCACCGUGGAAUGAGUCAGUUCCAAGCCUGGAUGCCUCUUGGCCAGCUUAAUCAGAAGAUGCCCUUUUAUUUGAGUGUGCCAAAGGAGCCAUAUAAUCAUAAUGUUGCUUUUCAAAGACCACUUCAGCGCGUGUCUCUGCUGGAAAUUCAACGAAUGAUCGAUCUCGAUCGCAUCAAUCCACUUGAACCGAUUGAUCUAACUACUAUAUGUAACACGAGACUUCACAGGCUUGAUCCAGAGCACGAACGCCAUUACGGUUUUCAUCUAGUUGAUGAAGGUAUUGACUCCUUCGUCACACCUGUCAAUAUUGAAGUACAGUAUGCCAGCGAAGAUGUGAUAGCAGCUGUGGAACGCGUUGGCGGGGUAAUAACCACGAGAUUUUACGAUCUAUUUUCUGUGUGGGCCAAGUCGGAUCCGAUAGCAUUCUUCAACCGCGCCAUUCCACUACCAAAAGCCAAGUUACCUCCACCUAAUGCGGUGCCGUACUAUGCGGACGCCAGAAAUCGAGGUUACCUUUCGAAGCCGGAGGAAAUUAUUGCUGCUCGAAAGUGGUUGGCGCAGAAAUAUGGCUAUAAUCCGGUGAACUUUGCCGAACUACCUGAGCACACUCGCCGUCUUAUGGAGAUACAAAAAGGUCCGCGGCAAAUAUUCUAUGGACUUCAUCCUGGAUGGCUUGUUAGCUUAGCCGAUGAACUGGUGCUGAAGCCAACCACAAAAGAGCUGGAAUAGUUGUCCUCUUGGCACUUUGUUCGUAAUGCAAGUCGCAUCGGUUCGCUUGGUCACUACUUGUAUAUUUGGGCCAGAGAAAUAUGAAGCUGAUCUGAAAUAUAAAGAUGUACCGCCUUC